AUGAAGUGGUCUGCAAUCUUCGCUCUGGCCAUCGCCGCCCACGGCUCCUUUGCACUUCCUCAGACGAGGUUUCGUGGUGCCAAUGGCGACAAUGCCGGGAACGACGACAACAACAACAACGGCAACGUCGCCUCAUUCGAAGGCCAGCCCUGCACCGACGGCACAUUCGACGGCACCUGCGACGCCACGGGCCGCUGCGGUCUCGAAAUCCCACCCAACGAGUUAUCCAGGCAGUUUGUCGCCGACCAAUGUGGCUUUGACAACUCCGAGACGGAAGAGGCGUUCCGGGAUUUCUUUGGCGGAAAUGACGAGGAGGAGGAUAACAAUGAUGAUGCACAGAACGGAGACCCGGCUGACUUUGAAGGUCAGCCGUGUACGGAUGGUACAUUUGAUGGUGUCUGUGAUGGUACGGGGCGAUGUGGGCUUGAGAUUCCGCCGAAUGAGUUGUCGAGGCAGUUUGUCUCUGGCCAAUGCGGCUCUUGA